CCGCCCUCGGCCUGCCCGGCGCGGCGCCGGCGCUUUCGCGACAGCCGCAAAGCGCGCGGGGCGGCGGCGGCGGGGCCGGGCCGGGGCGAUGAGGCCGCAGCAGGCGCCCGUGUCGGGCAAGGUGUUCAUCCAGCGCGACUACAGCGGCGGCACGCGCUGCCAGUUCCAGAGCAAGUUCCCGGCCGAGCUGGAGAACAGGAUUGACAGGCAGCAGUUUGAGGAGACGGUCCGGACGCUGAACAACCUCUAUGCAGAAGCUGAAAAACUUGGGGGCCAGUCUUACCUGGAGGGGUGUCUGGCCUGCCUGACUGCCUACACCAUCUUCCUGUGCAUGGAGACACACUAUGAGAAGGUUCUAAAGAAAAUUGCCAAGUUCAUCCAGGAACAGAACGAGAAGAUCUACGCUCCUCAGGGCCUCCUGCUGACAGACCCCAUUGAAAGAGGACUCAGAGUUAUUGAAAUUACCAUUUAUGAAGACAGAGGUUUGACCAGCGGAAGAUAAAACUGUGGAGUCUCAGACGACAGCUCACCGGUGGACUCGCUGUACCAAGGUUCCCCUACCUCCUACUUUAGAGCAUCAUUCCUUUCUCUGCUGCCAGAUCCACAGUGCCAUCUACUACAAGGACUAACUUCCUCAAACUGCUCCCCAGGGGGUGACCUAGCUGGUCAGCAUCCACUUUACAGGAGAUUUUGAAGCAAUGAAAUCACUUUUUAGUUUUGUUUUGGCUUUGGGAUUUUUUUUUUUUUUCCUGAAGAAGAAGAAAAAGCAGAAGUGGUAAAGCUGCUUUCUCCCCUGAAAGAAACGGGGCCCUCAGCCCAGCAGAGGGUUAGCUUUAGUCCCAUAAGUGCAGUGCUGCUCCUCCCUGGUUCUCAAAGCCCUCUGUCCCUCAGUCGGGCUCUGCACAGCUCCAGCUCAGGGUGGGGAGUUCCCCUCCAGGUCGGUGCUGGAGUGAGGACAUACCCAGUGCCUCUUCCUGGCCAGGAGUGACCCAAGGCAAUGCCUCUUGUAGGAAACCAGAGGGCAAAGUGCUCCUUGUGUGGAUGUGUUGGUUAUCCCUGGAAGGGGAGGAGUGGCCAGACCUGAGCCCUGGUGGUCUUUGUGCUCCCCAGGAGGGGCCUGUUGGGCUGUGAGCAGAGAGCACAGUAAAGUGGAUGCUGAGCCAAUAAACAUAACAACUCCCACCCUACUCUGAUUAAUAUGUGAAGUGUACAACUGUUUCUUUAUGGGUUUAUUAUCUAUAAAUUAUAGGAAAACAUGGCUUUGACGAGCUGUUAGGUGUCGUGUGAGGUGGUCUCUCAGUCCUGGUGCUGCAGGAGCAGAGCUGUGCAUUCCUUGGCAGCCUCGUGCAUGGACAUUGCUCAGCACCAUGGAGGGCCCACAGUCCCAGCUGGCUUAAUCCUUUCUCUUCCAUCCUUUUCCCUGAUGAAAGCCUGGGUUUAGGUGCCGGGUGUCAGUGUCCAGUUGUAGAAGGAACUCAGGAGUUCAAAGAGACAACUGAGCAGGGGCCCAGGGGCUGAUUUGGUGGUGCUGCAGGUGCUAAUACUGGAUCUGGAACUCCAGGCUCAUUCCUCAGCCACUGUGGGGUUUUGUUUGAGAUUUGUUUAAUAUUUUCAUUGUAUAAAAACUUGUUUUUUCUAAACUGUGUAACAGUGUUUGCCUUUCACAGCUGUUGCAAUAUUGGCAGAAGUACUGAUCAGUAAACCUUUUCUUAAACCGA